CUCCACUCCACUCCACAUUAUAAACACAAGAGUUUGUGUUGUGAAAGUGAUCACUCAACUACCUACUCACUCCUAAAACUCCCAAGGGGCACAGAGAGAGCUAGCUAGAAAGGGCUACCUCUGGCUACUCCCCUGCUGCUCUCAUCAACCUACAAACAUGGUCUCUUCAGACUCUCUAACACAACACUAUUAACAGCAGCAGGAGAAUCAGCCGGAGAAAAGGAAAGAGGGCGGCGGAGGAGGAGGGGAUCCCAGCGGCCGGCGAGCCAAAUGGUGGUACUCAACCUUCCAUGUUAUCACCGCCAUUAUUGGUGCUGGAGUUCUCAGCCUCCCUUCCGCCAUGGCUUACUUGGGCUGGGGACCAGGGACGAUGGUGCUAGUGGCAUCAUGGUGCCUGACGUUGAACACAAUGUGGCAGAUGAUCCAGCUCCACGAAUGCAUCCCGGGGACUCGAUUCGAUCGGUACAUAGACCUCGGCAGGCAUGCCUUUGGCGAGAAGCUGGGGCCAUGGAUUGUCCUGCCUCAGCAGCUGAUUGUUCAGGUUGGUUGCGACAUCGUGUACAUGGUGACCGGUGGCAAGUGUCUGAAGAAGUUCAUGGAGAUUGCUUGCACCAGUUGCAAACCAAUCAAGCUGUCCUACUGGAUGGUCAUGUUUGGAGGGAUUCACUUCUUCCUGGCUCAGCUGCCGAACUUCAACUCUGUUGCUGGUGUCUCUCUGGCCGCUGCAGUUAUGUCCAUCUCCUACUCAACCAUAGCGUGGGUGGGGUGCCUGAGCCACGGGAGGGCAGCGGACGUGACGUACGGCUACAAGCAGAGCAGCCCAGCGGGCUCGAUGUUCAGAGUGUUCAACGCUCUGGGCCAGAGCUCGUUCGCAUUCGCGGGCCAUGCGGUUUUGUUGGAGAUCCAGGCCACCAUCCCUUCGACACCAGAAAGGCCUUCCACCGUGCCCAUGUGGAAGGGCGUGAUGGUGGCCUAUUUCGUGAAGGCCCUCUGCUACUUCCCCGUGGCGAUGAUGGGCUACUGGGCCUUCGGGCAGGCUGUGCAGGACAAUGUCCUGCUCGACCUCCAGAGGCCUGCUUGGCUCAUUGCCUCUGCCAACCUUAUGGUUGUCGUUAAUGUCAUUGGCAGCUAUCAGGUAUAUGCUAUGCCAGUUUUCGAUAUGCUGGAGAGGAUGAUGGUGAAGAAAUGGAACUUCUCUCAGGGGUUGCCUCUUAGACUUGUAGUCCGAUCUGCAUAUGUUGGUCAGUAAUGGUCCAAUAUAUAGUACAAAUUAAAUGGACUGUAAUUAUCAUGAAUUAAUUAUUUGAUGCAUGGACAGCGUUUACACUGUUUGUUGGAGUCACGUUCCCGUUCUUCGGCGACCUGCUUGGCUUCUUCGGUGGAUUUGGUUUUGCUCCAACUUCAUUCUUCCUCCCAAGCAUAAUGUGGUUGAUCCUCAAGAAGCCUAAAAGGUUCAGCCCCAAGUGGUUUGUCAAUUGGGUUUCGAUCGUGAUUGGAGUGUUUGUUAUGCUGGCAUCUACAAUUGGUGGAUUUCGUAACAUUAUCACUGAUUCCUCCGAUUAUAAGUUCUAUACUUGAGAAAGAAACAAGAAGAAGGAAGAAGUUUUUUGACGAAGAAGAAGGAAGAAGUUAAAAAGAUUAAGCAGAAUUUUAUUUUGAGAAAGUUCUGAAUUUGAUUACACAAUUUCACCUCCGUAUGUGUACUUUUGGCGCCAGUUCUCUUAGACCAGACCAACCAAUCAAGUUUUUGCAAUCACUGAUAUCCUUUGAUCUCAAUCGCCACAAACCAGAUAAUUGGUCCACAGGCAAACUUUCCAAAGAUGUGCAGUGACUCAGAUCUAGGACUUCCAAGGACUUCAAACCAGCAAGGCCCUCGAUCUCCCGCAGAUUAGGAACAGAACUAACAGUUAACCCCUUCAACUUUCCCAGCCUUGACAGGGAAGGUAGUCUCCUUAUUGAGGGCAAGGAAGACAAAUGCAGUUGAACCAACUCUUCCAUAGACUCAAGCCCGUCCAGCCUUAAUUCCGUGUCUGCAUUAUCCAUUCCCCUGAGAUACAAGUUUGUGAGACAUGGGAACAUUAACAGCUGAAGCUUCCGGCAGAGAACCUGCAGCAGCAGAGUAUUUCCGAAGAUGUGGAGAUAUCUCAGAGAGUUGAGUACCACCAAUCCUAAUCGACAGUCAUCAUCAAGGUCGUGAAAUGGUAGUGACGUGAGAAGAAAGC